GUUUAUCAGCUGUUUUCUGACUGGUUGCGUCUUUGGAAGAAAAUCGUGCCCUUGUGGGAAUCUUACAGUUGUUCCUCACAGUACCUUAGUCAACUUAACGCUGAGGAAAAGAUGAGCGACGAGCCAUGGCCUGAAGAUGCAUUACUUUACCAGCCUUACGAAGCUGAACAAAUACUUUUGCCAGAACAUGCAAGUUGCUUGGCAGUUAAGGCAUAUCUAAAGAUGUGCCAACUGCCAUUUGAAGUACGAUCUAGUGCAAAUGCCGAAUAUAUGUCGCCAGCUGGACGAAUGACCAAAUUGCCCUUUUUGCGCGCCGGUCAUUUUAUAGUAGCCGAAUUUGAACCAAUUGUCAAUUUCGUAGAGCAUAAAGGUUCCGCUAUCGGUCAGUGGUUGGACGAUGACAACAAAUCUGAUAUGCGUACUUAUGUGUCGUUGGCUGAAAAUAUAUUCACAAUGGCCGAGCUAUAUAUCAGCUUUAUGAAUAAAAAUGUAUACGAAAAGGUGACAGCGCCGCGCAACGGCUGCGUAUUUCCAUGGCCACUCAACUUGAUACAAAAUUACUCCAAACGGCGCAGUGCAUUACGUUUGCUGAAAGUGUAUCAGUGGAAUGACAUGACAAUUGAGGAUGUUAUCGAAAAGGUGGAAAAAUGUUGUGAAACAUUAACGCUGAAACUAGACGAGUCGCCGGAUUUCCCAUUCUUUUAUUCGGAUCAACCAUGCGAACUGGACGCCAUUACCUUUGGGCAUCUUUUUGCCAUAUUAACAACAGAUUUACCAAAUAUGGCAUUAGCGCAAACAGUGCGCAAAUUUAAACGCUUAGUAGAAUUUUGCCGAUUCAUUGACGGGAAAUACUUUCAAAUGAGGUCUCUAUAAACAGUUUUCGUUUUGUUUGUUUCACAUUUGUAAUUAUACAAUUUUUUAAGAAAUAAAUUGUUUCCUGUCUAUGUUUUGCUUAUAUUGUGAGAGUACCUAGUUAAAGUGUUAUAUUUAAAUAAUUUAUCAAGUUGCACACCUAUUCUGCUUAGCAUUUUUGUUCACAAAUAAAAAUUGAUGUCGAAAAAAGGCAUCGUUAAAAUAACUGAA